AUGGAAAGGGGAAACAUGAGUUUUCCCAACGCUUUUGUCCUUCUGGGCUUCUCAGACUUUCCCUGGCUGGAGAGGCCCCUCUUUGCAAUGGUUCUGGUUUCCUACAUCCUCACCCUGGUAGGAAACAGCUCCAUCAUCCUCCUCUCCCUGGUGGACCGCAGACUCCAGACACCCAUGUACUUCUUCCUGGACAACCUCUCUCUGCUAGACCUUGGGGUAACCAGCACCAUUGUGCCCCAGCUUCUGGCCAACCUGUGGGGAACAGAAAAGACAAUUUCUUCCUGGGGAUGCACUACACAGGUCUAUCUUUUCACCUGGACAGCUUGCACUGAAUGUUCCCUACUAGCAAUGAUGGCCAUUGAUCGCUAUGUGGCCAUUUGCCAGCCUUUCCAGUACACUCUCAUCAUGCGUCCCUUGGUGUGUGUGCAGAUGGCAGCUGCUUCAUGGUCCAGUGGCCUGGCCAAUUCUCUACUCCAAGCCACACUCACGCUCCAGCUACCCUUCUGUGGGCACUACAUCCUGGACCACUUCUUCUGUGAGUUACCUGUACUCAUCAAGAUGGCCUGUGGGGACACCUCUGAUAAUAACCUGUCCCUGGCUGUGGGAGCCAUCCCUUUUGCAGUAGUGGCUCCACUCAUUGUGCUUAUCUCCUACAUCCUUAUUGCCAGGGCAGUAGUGAAGUUACCUUCAGCUGAAGGAAGGCACAAAGCACUCAGUACCUGCAGUUCCCACUUGCUGGUUGUCACUAUGUACUUUGGCCCUGCUAUGUACAUGUACCUCCAGCCCCCUGGCCAAAGCAUACAGGCCAAGUUCAUGUCCUUUUUCUACUGUGUGAUCACCCCAGUGCUCAAUCCACUCAUCUACACCCUGAGAAACAAGGAUGUGAAGAGAGCAUGGAAGAGGAUCCUGCAAUUUCAGUAUGGGUGCAGUUUUUAA